UCUCCUGGUAAAAUACAAGAGCUCAUCCUCCUCCUCCCCCCCUGCGGUGCUUGGAGAGGAGAGUGUUGGAGAGAGUGCUGGCUUGAGAUGAUCUGACACACCGAAGAGCACGUAAAUGAGGAAGCAGAGCGAGAAGUGAGCCGGUGAGUGCGCGCAGACUAGAACGCCCUCUGAACGCUCUGAGGGGGGUGAGGAGGGGCGCAGAGGAAGAUAAAGCCAUAGAUCCGUCCCUGUUCUGUCAAGGAAGCUAGCCCAUCAUCCUCUCGCAAAGAUGGGGAACCGGGGAAUGGAGGAUUUGAUUCCUCUGGUGAACCGCAUGCAGGAUGCUUUCUCGGCCAUUGGGCAAAACGCAAACCUGGACCUGCCGCAGAUCGCCGUGGUGGGAGGACAGAGCGCCGGGAAGAGCUCGGUGCUGGAGAACUUCGUCGGGAAGGAUUUUCUUCCCCGUGGCUCUGGCAUUGUGACCCGCCGUCCUCUGGUCCUGCAGCUGAUGAACUCGCCCACCGAAUUCGCCGAGUUCCUGCACUGUAAGGGUAAAAAGUUUACAGAUUUUGAUGAAGUCCGGCAGGAGAUCGAGGCGGAGACGGAUCGCGCGACUGGAGCCAACAAGGGAAUCUCCCCUGUGCCCAUCAACCUGCGUGUUUACUCUCCGCACGUGCUGAACCUGACACUUGUGGACCUGCCGGGGAUGACCAAGGUGCCGGUGGGCGACCAGCCUGCUGACAUUGAAUUUCAGAUAAGAGACAUGUUAAUGCAGUUUGUCACCAAGGAGAACUGUCUGAUGCUGGCCGUCUCCCCGGCCAACUCUGACCUGGCCAACUCCGACGCUUUAAAGAUUGCCAAAGAGGUCGACCCUCAGGGUUUAAGGACCAUCGGUGUGAUCACCAAGCUGGACCUGAUGGAUGAGGGGACCGAUGCUAAAGACAUCCUGGAGAAUAAGCUGCUUCCACUCAGGAGAGGUUACAUUGGUGUGGUGAAUAGAAGCCAGAAGGACAUAGAUGGAAAGAAGGACAUUAAUGCUGCAAUGGCUGCCGAGAGGAAGUUCUUUCUCUCCCACCCGGCAUACAGACACCUGGCUGACCGCAUGGGAACUCCCUACCUCCAGAAAGUCCUCAAUCAGCAACUGACCAACCACAUCCGGGACACCCUGCCGAAUCUGCGGGCCAAGCUGCAGAGUCAGCUUCUGUCCAUCGAAAAGGAGGUGGAGGAGUACAAGAACUUCAGACCUGAUGAUCCGUCUCGCAAAACCAAGGCUCUCCUGCAGAUGGUGCAGCAGUUCUCGGUGGAUUUUGAAAAAUGCAUAGAGGGCUCUGGGGACCAGAUCGACACGGCCGAGCUGUCGGGUGGUGCCAGGAUCAAUCGCAUCUUCCAUGAACGCUUCCCCUUUGAACUGGUCAAGAUGGAGUUUGACGAGAAAGAACUCCGCAAGGAAAUCAGCUACGCUAUCAAGAACAUUCAUGGCAUCAGAACUGGCCUCUUCACCCCGGACAUGGCCUUUGAGACCAUUGUGAAAAGGCAGAUUGGGAAGAUUAAAGAGCCUUGCACCAAAUGUGUGGACAUGGUCAUUUCUGAGCUAGUCAAUACAGUUAGGCAGUGUACCAAGAAGCUGGCUCAGUACCCCAUGCUGAGGGAGGAGAUGGAGAGAAUUGUCACUCAGCACAUCAGAGACAGAGAAAGCCGCACUAAAGGACAGGUGUUGCUGUUGAUAGAUAUUGAGCUGUCCUAUAUGAACACUAACCAUGAGGACUUCAUCGGAUUUGCCAAUGCCCAGCAGAGGAUCAACCAGAUGAGCAAGAAGAAAGCAGCCGGCAAUCAGGAUGAAAUCAUGCCGGAGAGAGGAGUUAACGAUCGGUUCAAGGUGAUCAGGAAGGGCUGGCUGACCAUUAAUAACAUCGGCAUCAUGAAGGGAGGCGCCAAGGAGUACUGGUUUGUACUCACCGCCGAGAGUCUGUCCUGGUACAAGGAUGAUGAGGAGAAGGAGAAGAAGUACAUGCUGCAGGUCGACAACCUGAAGCUGCGCGAUGUGGAGAAAGGCUUCAUGUCCAGCAAGCAUAUUUUUGCCCUCUUCAACACCGAACAGAGAAAUGUGUAUAAGGACUACCGUCAGCUGGAGCUUGCUUGUGAGAGUCAGGAAGACGUUGAUGCCUGGAAAGCCUCCUUCCUCAGAGCCGGAGUUUAUCCUGAAAGGGUCACGGAGAAGGAAGGAAAGAGUGAUGGUGGUGAUGAAAAUGGUUCUGACAACCUCAUGCACAGCAUGGACCCUCAGCUGGAGCGGCAAGUGGAAACCAUCCGCAACCUGGUCGACUCUUACAUGGCAAUCGUCAACAAGACCGUCCGCGACUUGAUGCCGAAGACCAUCAUGCAUCUCAUGAUCAACAAUACUAAAGAGUUCAUUAAUGCUGAGCUGUUGGCCCAGCUGUACUCAUGUGGUGACCAGAACAGCUUGAUGGAGGAGUCUCAGGAGCAGGCCCAGCACCGUGACGAGAUGCUGCGGAUGUACCACGCUCUGCGGGAGGCUCUCAACAUCAUCGGCGACAUCAGCACAUCUACUGUAACCACCGCCAUGCCACCACCCGUGGACGAUUCCUGGCUUCAGGUGCAGCGUAGCGGAUCUGGAGGACGAUCUCCGGCCACCAGUCCAACUCCAAACCGCAGGGCUCCACCAGGACCCCCGGCCCGUCCAGGCUCUCGUGGUCCUCCACCUGGGCCUCCUCCUGCAGGGGGUCCCCCUGUCCCUUCUCGCCCCGGAGCUUCUCCUGACCCAUACAGUGGGCCACCACCCACCGUGCCCUCCAGGCCUAACCGCGCACCCCCAAGUGUGCCUAGAAUCACUAUCACUGACCAGUGAGGACUAACAUUACUGUCGGAGACCCCCGCCAUCUCCAACCCACUAGACUCCCUGGCUCCUCCGUCCUUCCCCUCCUCCUCCGUUUAAUUCUCCCCUGGAUGAGAGGCCACAGACAACAGCGCCACCCUCCUGUCGUUUUCUGCCUCGUCUGACCUGCGCUGGUUCCCAGCUCCUGCUUCUCCCUCGCUUCCUCUUCUUUCCCUCCUCCUCACCUCCACCUCUCUCCCUCAUACAGUGACGCAGAAUACUUGAAUCACACUUGCAUGACUUACAAACAUGCUGCACCCUGAGAACUCAAACUAUGUAAAGACUGAUGAAGCAAAUCAGUUAGCGUGUGCACGCACGCAGUAUACAGUCUAGUAAACACGUGCAAACACUUAAACACGGAAACAUUCUUCCUGCUUUUAAACUAAAAGGGUAGACAUUUAGCAUGAAGCUAUGCCUGAGUAUUUCUAAUAAGUAUUCUCUCUUAUUAUUCUCUCAUUCAUCAAUUGUUCUUUUAUUUCAUGUUUAUUUAUUUUCUUCCUUUUUUAAGGAAUCCUUCCCUUAAAAAAAGAUGAAAUUUUAGGGAUAAAGCAGAAAUUUAGAAUUUUUCGCUGGCAGAUUUUCACAAGAGUUUCAGAUAAAAUGGCACAAAUUCUUCAGUUCACUUAAACAUCCACUAAUACCAAGAACUUGCAACAUACUUCAUGGUAGUUUGAUGGAUACUUUGACUCUGUAAAUACUGGUGUUGUGCAGAGAGUAAAUGCUUUAGUUCCUCUGCAGCAUUUCAGCCUCGGAGUUAAAGUAAGAGGCAGAAAAUGUUUCAAUCAGCAGAAGUGACGAUGGAUAAAGUAUUUCAUAAGGGAGGUGAUGCAAGCUGGACUUUUUUGUAACUCUGGUGUCUUCUCACUGCACUAUUCAGAGUUUGAGUUAAUGUGUUAUGGCAGUUUUCCAUAUUCGUGUGUGAAGGCGACUGACUUUAAUCAAGUCCGCUUGUGAGCUAAACUAUAAAGAACAAACCGUGAAAGAGGAGGUCUGCCUCACACCCUGCAAAUCAUGGUUUUCAUUACCAUUAGCAUUGUUGUAAAAGUUGACCUGUUUCUCACGUGGCUGUAAAAUAUUAUUGCUAACUAAACAGCCACUAGUUGUUAAUGUUUGGCCUCGGUGUGGGUAAUCUGUUGUAUGUUAACCAUCAUGCAUAGUUUAAAAGAACAGCUGGAUUUUAUUUCCUUGAUGAUUUUUAAUAUUCAUCUGGCUGUCAGGCGAUUCAUCAUUCAAAAAUGUAAUCUUACCAGAUGAUAUCUCAUGGCCACAUCUUAAUUACAUAAUUCCUAUGCCGGAAUAACCCGUGGCUACACAUUACUAACUGGUGGCAAAGCAAUAAUAUCCCCCUCACCCUGGAGGUGAACAUCGUCAUUUCUCUGGUGCCUCCUCACCAUUACGAUUUUAGGCUUUCUCUUGUUGUAAUCUCUUCAUCCUGGCAAAUAAGAUCGUCUUUUUAUUUUCUCUCUUCUUUCCUAUCACCUAAACAGCCGGUCAAACAAGGGCGGGCCCUCUCGUCCCGAGAGCCCCCUGCCACCAUUCGACUCUUAGAAGGAAACAUUCUCCCUGUUACCUCUUCUCCUUCUUACGCUCAUCUCGCAUUUAUCCAUCCACCCAUCACUCACUCACUCACACGAGGAGAGGAAGGCUUGAAUGAAUAACAGAAGUAAAGGAUCGCCUGCAAAUUCUUCACCCUCAGAUAGACGCUGCUGCUCUUCGUCCAUUUUUCCUCCUCCUCUUCAUUUCAGCCUUGCAGGACGGGAGGAACUGCCCGUUGUAGCCUCAGGAAGGCCCUCAGUGUCACUGUUAAAUCCACCUGCGAUUUAAAACUGCUGUUGUCUGUGCUUCCACACGACCUAUGCAACAACUGACGUAAAAGGAAAAAAAAAAGAUGCCUCUCCCGUGUCUUUCUUGCUCUCUGCUUCACACAAAUGUUGUUACUGCAUUAUCUUUAAGCAAAUGUGCAGCUUCAGACAACUGCAGGACACGCGAGACUCCAGCCUGAGAGGAAGGGAGUCUUUGGCCUGGGUUGAAGCUCUGUGACUGUUAGCUAGAUAGCUCUUUACAUAUCCUUUUUAUUCAGACGGGGAAAACAGGAAUAUUUGCCGUGUGAAAACAUUCAGAAUUUUAAGUCAGUUGAUGAUUUGCCAUUUCUUCUCUUUUCCCCCCCUUUUUUUGUUUGGUUUUGUCUUUUUUCCAGUGGUCACGGGGGUGAGUGAGAACACUCAAAAACAGCCACAGUCUAUGCAUAACACUGGCAUUAAAUGAAAAAGCUCCUUCUCUUUCACCCUGUCAUUUUACACGUGUGAGAACCUGUGACCCGUGCGAACCCACCACCUUUUCUACCACUGACCUCCACUGUCAGCGUGAUGUGGUGUAUUGUAUUUUUGAACCCAAGCAAAAAACAACCCACCAGCCACAAACAAAAAUCUACUAUUCAUCCCUUGUGCAUCUGGUACUCCACGACUGCAAAGUAAACACAACUAAGCAUAUUCUUCUUCUUAUUUAAUGGUAAAUAGUUUAUUAUGGACAUAUCUUAUUGUGUUAUUCUGUAUAUGUGUGAUGCAUCUUAUUGAACUUUCACUAUCUAGGGAAUUUAGUGUAUGAAACCGCUGAAUAUUUAAAUUAUGACAAAAUGAGUAUAUGUAUAAGGAAGUAAUGUUUUAAAAACUACAAAAAAUAUAUAAUACAAUGAUGUAUAUGGGCAACUGCAGGCUGUUGAAUACUUUGGCUUGCAGCAGAGGGCUUUUGCUUUUCUUGUCCUUCUGUGUGUAGAAUAGCAGCGAGGGGCGGGCUGAAUGUGUGAAAGUCCUGCAGCGAUCAGGUCCUGCGUCUUGUUUAGACUGAUGUGCAGGACUGCUGUGCUCUGUCAAGACAUUAAAAACUUCAGUGUGUAAUCAGGGAAGUAUGUCUUUGUGUCCUUUUUUUUUAAAAUGCUGGUACAUACUGGUGGUAACACAACUAUACGGGAACUCGAUAGCAGCUAAUAAUGAAACCACCAGACGAAUGUGGACACAAAGUAAAAUAUCCUUAUAGGCAUAUUCAAAAUCCUGGCUGGAUUAUUCCAACCCCUUACUCAACCCCAUCAUUUACAUAUACAUCACUUCUACAGACUGUUCCAAAGGUCUUUCAUAAUUUCUUAUUUUCCCCUCUUUUCUAUCUUUUGGUACUUGGCACAAAAACACAUAAUUCAUUUCAAUUUCUUUAGGUUAAUCUACAAAAAAUUCCAAUGAUAACAGUUCAAUAAAAUAAUAUCUUUACAUGUGUUAGCUGUAAACUUGGCAUAUUUCAUCUGAGGAAACAGGACAGAUGAAACAAAAAGUGUCACAAGUUUACAAACUACCUACAGAAGAUGAACAGUAUUUGAAACUCAUGUCAUUAAGAAACCAGAAAACAAAUCUAGCAAAGACCUGAGAGAUGCCUAUGGCCCUUCAGUUAAACCAAUUUCUGUUCACUGAAGCCUCAUCAGAAAUGGUCUCAGUGGAAAGGUGGCUGUCUAGAAGCCAUCCUUAAGGAUGGAGGCCGGGAGAAAAAGCUGAGGGAUUCCAAGUUACACAAGAAAUGGACUGAAAAUCAGGGUUAACAGGUAUAAUGGAGUCAUGAAUCUAAAUAUGAAGUUUUUGGUUCAAAUCAUCAAUACAUAUGGAAAAGGGUACAACAGUGGGUGUCUAUGGUCAUCUGUAAAACAUGGUGGAAGCUCUGUCAUGAUUUGGGGCUGCAUUUCAGCCAGCUGCGUUGUGAAUCUAGUCUAAACGUAUACAAUUAACAAGGAAAAGUGUUGUCAGAUUUUGCUCCAGCAUGCAUUGCCAUCUGAAAAGCAUCUGAUUAGCAAAGGCUUCAUUUUUCAGCAUGACAAAGAUUUCAGACACACUGUAAAUAAAAUAAAAACACACACACAUAAACCAAUCGUCACAUAUGGGCUUUCACAAAUAGGUUGCAGUUAAGUGGAAAGGUUCCUGCUUCAAGUGAUGCCGUAUAAAAUAUAGUCCAUUUAAAAGGGGCGUGAAGGUUGCGUACAGAGGGAUGCUGAAGAUGUGGUCAAACCAGAGGCAUAUGGAGGACGCAAACUCUGGAGACUGAGGGGCAAUGGCCUGAUCAAAGCCUGCUGUGACACAGAAACAUAGAGGUAUGUGUGAAGGACCCGUCAUGCUCUUCUGUCAUCAGUCUGCAGCCUGGUGUUCCUCCCAUCAUGGGUCAUGGGCUGCAUGGGCUUGUCUUCACCUUCUCGUCUAGCACAGUACUUAAAGACAUUCUACUCCUUAAAUUAGGGUUCAGUUUCUUUGUGUGUCUCUCAUACUCAUCUUCACUCUCAAGGAUUUUCCUUAUUCAUCUAAAAGAAAAGGAGGCUCUGGGAUACCACUAACCGUGGAAGCAAAUAAAAAGACCACCAUUCAGCCUCCUUACAGCCUUGUUUAAGGUUUAAGAAGUUUAUUUAGUUGAAUAGGAAAAUUUCUUGUUGUGCUAUUUUGAUGCCUGUAACCUGUCUGGAAUUCCUUCUUUUGGACCAAAUGGGAUUUGGACUUUUAACUUUGUAACCUGCCUACCCACUCCUCCAGCCUUGCAGUUAAAUUGGUACAAAACUGUAAGGCUGGUUAAUAAAAUGUCUUUCAAUUC